CUCCUGUGGGCGGUGAUGUGUAUACGGAGAGGACGUCUUGACUGGUCGAGUUUACUAGGCAUUACAGUUUAUACGCAAAGUUUAACGUGUUGGUGAGGUCUAGAGUGCGUUUUCUUGGUGCAGACUAACGUUACAUGAGGAUACAACCCGGAAAUAUUUGCGCGGUUGUACUUUAUGUGAGCCUUAGCUGAGUAGUUUGCGUUAACUUUAACAGAUACAUGGGCUUCAGCCACGCCUCGUGUGAUAGCUCACGAUAACAAAACAAUUUAAACGUUGCUGCUGGCUGAAAACGGACUUCUUCGGGACUUAUCCCCCUCAAAGGUGCUCACUUCAUCGUUGCUACCUAUCGAGACGUGAGUUGGGCCGGGUUUCUUGCGUCUGUUGUGGUUACCUGCUGUCCACACAUGCAGCCACCGCUGGUCGGUAGAUUCAACCCUGUAGAUAUAUUCAUGGAGCAAGGUUAAGAUUAGACAAAUCUUUAACGCUACGGUACGAGUCCACGUCCUUAUACGUCGGAUGGGACUGGACACUUAAUUACUUUGCUAUCAAAUCAACACAAGAGGGCGUUUUUUGUUUUUGUUGAUUUUGGGAACCCCCUCUCGUCUUUCGACCCCCAUCAGGGAUACAUAAAGAAGGCAGGUGUCAUGGGGGUCAACACCAUUCACUGGUUCAGGAAGGGACUGAGGCUCCACGACAACCCUUCUCUAAGGGACUCUAUCCGGGGAGCCGACACCCUGCGCUGCAUUUACAUCCUGGACCCGUGGUUCGCAGGGUCCUCCAAUGUGGGCAUCAACAGGUGGAGGUUUUUGUUGCAUUGUUUAGAGGACUUGGACGCCAGCCUGCGCAAACUCAACUCCCGCCUGUUUGUCAUCAGAGGCCAGCCUACAGAUGUCUUCCCUCGUCUUUUUAAGGAAUGGCAGAUCUCCCGUCUAUCUUAUGAAUAUGACUCUGAGCCGUUUGGUAAGGAACGUGAUGCUGCCAUCCAAAAACUAGCCAGCGAGGCUGGAGUAGAGGUCAUGGUGCGGAUUUCACACACCCUCUACGAUCUGGCUAAGAUCAUAGAGCUCAAUGAUGGUCAGCCUCCUCUUACGUACAAGCGCUUUCAGGCCCUCAUCAACCGUAUGGAUGCUGUGGAGCUCCCUGCCGAGACGAUCACACCUGAGGUUGUCAAGAAAUGUGCCACACCCACCAGUGACGACCAUGAUGACAAGUUUGGGGUGCCCUCUCUGGAAGAGCUUGGUUUUGAGACAGAGGGCCUGACCACAGCAGUAUGGCCAGGUGGAGAAACGGAAGCCCUCAUGAGGCUUGAGCGGCAUCUGGAGAGGAAGGCAUGGGUGGCAAACUUUGAGCGUCCACGUAUGAACGCCAACUCCCUGCUGGCCAGUCCCACAGGCCUCAGCCCCUACCUGCGCUUUGGUUGUCUCUCCUGUCGGCUCUUCUACUUCAAACUUACUGACCUGUACAGGAAGGUCAAGAAGAACGGCACCCCACCACUUUCCUUGUAUGGCCAGCUGUUGUGGAGGGAGUUCUUCUACGCGACUGCCACCAACAACCCCUGCUUUGACAAGAUGGAGGGAAACCCUGUGUGUGUCCAGAUCCCCUGGGACAAAAACCCAGAGGCGCUGGCCAAGUGGGCAGAGGGACGGACAGGCUUUCCCUGGAUAGACGCCAUUAUGACCCAGCUGAGGCAGGAGGGGUGGAUCCAUCACUUGGCGAGGCACGCUGUGGCCUGCUUCCUCACCAGGGGAAACCUCUGGAUCAGCUGGGAGGAAGGCAUGAAGGCAUUUGACGAGUUGCUGAUAGAUGCGGACUGGAGUGUAAAUGCUGGCAGCUGGAUGUGGCUUUCUUGCAGCUCGUUUUUCCAGCAGUUUUUCCACAGCUACUGCCCCGUGGGAUUUGGACGACGCACUGACCCCAACGGUGACUACAUACGGCGUUAUUUGCCCAUAUUGAGGGGCUUUCCAGCAAAAUACAUCUAUGAUCCUUGGAAUGCCCCAGAGGAAGUGCAGAAGGCAGCCAAAUGUAUCAUUGGAGUCCACUACCCCAAACCCAUGGUGAACCAUGCUGAGGCCAGCCGCGUCAACAUAGAGAGGAUGAAGCAAAUUUACCAGCAGCUUUCCUGCUACAGAGGACUGGGCAUGCUUGCAACAGUACCUGCCAAUCCUAACAAUGGUGGAAAUGACUGUAAUCUCAAAGAUGUCAACACAUGGACCAGUCAAAGUCCAGGAGGGUCCUCUGAAAACCACUCCAUACACGAAGGAAUGUCUCAAACAGCAGAAAGAGGACAGUCAUCACAGAAGCGGCGGCGUGAAGAGGCUCCGCUCCAAAGCGCCUCUAAAUUCUGGAGGCAAAACAAAUAGUCUACAAAAUGCAGAAUACAAAGGGUCCCUCGGUCAGUCUGUUUCUUCUGGAUUGCAUCCACUCCUGAGGUGGCCUCAGCUAUCGCACUGUAGCAACUGCAGCUAGGAGACAAAAUGUGGCUAUUGGAUCCAGGUGAUACUAUUGUCUGUUUGGCUAAAGGACUCCCCAUUACUGAAAUUUGUAAUCAGUUUAGAUUGUCAGGAGUCGGACAGGACAGUCAGCUGUCAUGUUCUCGAGAUGAGACACGUCGCACAUCUCAGGAACAGAGGAAGACAUUGAGAGAGAAUACUAAUAUUGAAGAGAAAGAACCCUGUGCCAGCAGUUUAUAAAAGGCAAAAAGUUGAUCUAUAAAUUCUUUAGAUCAGGGUGAUGUGUGAGGCCACCUGUUGUCUUCCAAUACAGUGUGUCACUGCACAAGUGAUGAAACCACUAAGCAUUAUAAUUAAUGCCCUUUUUUCACCCCACAUCCGUCAGGUCAGGACAUCAUCAGGGUGAAAUUGUGUAAUCAGGAGGCAAAACACAGUCUUUCCACCAGAUAUUCAGUCAGCUGGAUGUUUAUCUAAGCAACGGUUUUCACAGAUGGUGAACUUAAUAUUUUGCUUGAAGCUUAAAUUUUUACCUGACUUCACCUUAAUGUGAAAAUGUCAAAAUCUGAAAUCAGAUUCUCGUCUGAGAGAUGGGAACCUAUAACACCAUCAGGAGACUGCGGAGGGUGUGUACAGCUGACACCCUCACCUACUGUUAACACGCCAACACAAGAUGACCUGGAUAACACACUGACAUACAGUAAGAUACAAAACACAGUUGUAUCUUUUCUCAAAAACAAGCCCCUAAAUAUUUCACAUUAAGAAUAUGAAGUCACGCUGUCAUGAAUUUAUAUAAUGUGAGAACUUUUUUUUUUUUUUUUUUUUAAAGAUUCAGGACACAAAGGUGUGCUGUACAGUAGUAAAGUAUAUUGCAGGUUUGGCAAUAAGGCAGGCCUUACAAGAACUAAAUAUUUGUAAAUAUUUAUUGUUUUACAACUUUUGUAUUUUUGGUCAUGGGGUUUCACAAAUCCUUUUUGUAAAGAAUGUCUUACAGAAACUCAAAAGUUCUACUGUUAAUGCAUGUGCUUUUAUCUCCCAUGUAAUUGUAAAUAAUUAUUAUUUUUGUAUUAAUAAUGACCAAAUUCUGUAAAACUGUACUGAAAUGGCAAUAAAAGGCAGAAACCUUGUUGUA